UUUGUAUGGAAGGCUGCCUGAUUUUCGCUUUCAGUAGGUCAACAGGCAGUAUGGAGCCCUCUCCCGAUGCAUCUACGCCGUCUACGCAGCUCCAGAGCGGUUCUCACGCUGCUGCACCCCUUCUCCCAUCACCGUUGCUCGCUUCUCAGUCUGAUGAGUCAUCUCCCGCCUUUGGGAGCGUCCCAGAAGCUGCGCAAUACGCCGCCGUACCGCCCACUCAAUUUGCGGUAUCUGUCUCGGCUCGUGGAGUGGCUAUGGAGCCCACAAAAAAAGGAAAAGGAGUUGGAAGGCGGCUCACAGACCGACAGCGCGUGGAGAUUCUGGAACUGAUUGAGAAAUCGGGUGGCACCUUGUCGAACGCCGAGAUUGGAAGACGCUACGGCAUCACGCGCGCAGCCAUUCAGAAGCUCAAGCAAAAGGGCGCCGAGGUGCGGGCGCGAUACCGCUACGGCAGUGCUGAGACCAGAGAUGCACGAAAACGUGGUGGUCAUGUCAUGAGUGUGCCGUUCGAACGAGAGCUGUUUGAAUGGGUACGGGGACUCAAGGCACGGAAGGUGCCGGUCCCGCCGUCGCUUGUCAAGGAGAAAGCCAAAUUGCUGGUGCCUAAGUACGGACUGGGGAAUUUCCAGGCAUCAAACGGAUGGUACUACAACUUCUGUAAGCGAUUUAACUUGUCCACGGGCGUAUUGGUGGAGGAGAAGGCGCCGGCUAUCAAGAGCGACCGAAUGCUGGCACUUCUUGAGCAGCAGAACGCAUUGCUGGAGCGGCAGAACAGCAUGAUCGAAGAGCAGGCCGAGACCAUCAAAAAGCUAUUUGCUGUAAUGACGAAGGGGAAAUUAGGAUCGUAG